AUGACCUUGUCUCAAGGCGAUGUCGGGUCGAUUAUCAGUAAAACUCAAUUUGAUCAAAUGUUGAAGCAUCGAGAUGAUGCGGCUUGCCCUGGGAAAGGGUUUUACACUUAUGAUGCUUUCGUAGCUGCAGCCAAGUCAUUUGGAUCUUUUGGAACAACUGGUGCUACAGACAUUCGUAAGAGAGAAAUUGCUGCCUUUUUGGCACAAACAUCCCAUGAAACCACAGGUGGGUGGCCUACAGCACCAGAUGGUCCAUAUGCAUGGGGAUACUGCUUCAAAGAAGAACGAGGCAACCACCAGACUAUUGUACUCCAAGUCAACAAUGGCCAUGCGUUCCUGGUAAGAAGUACUAUGGUCGAGGCCCCAUCCAAAUCACACACAGGAAGAGCCAUCGGAAUGAAUCUGCUAAACAGCCCCGAAACCGUUGCAAACGAUCCAGUAGUUUCUUUCAAGACAGCGUUUUGGUUUUGGAUGACACCCCAAUCGCCAAAACCUUCAUGCCACGACGUCAUCACCGGAACAUGGAGGCCAUCGCCAGCUGAUACAGCGGCCGGUCGUGUCCCUGGCUAUGGUGUGAUCACCAAUAUCAUCAACGGUGGAAUUGAAUGUGGUAAAGGAGUAAGCUAUGGCAACAAUCUGGAUUGCUACAACCAGAGGCCUUUUGCUUAG